AUGUCCAGUAAAGGAGGAAAACAAAGUCGGGUUUCGGACAGAAAAGGCACCGGGGAUGAGGAAGAAGAGCAGCCACUUCAGGCCGUAUUAGUUGCCGACAGUUUCAACAGGAGGUUUUUCCCGGUGACUAAAGACCAGCCCCGGGCGCUGCUGCCGCUGGGUAAUGUUGCCAUGAUUGACUACACACUGGAGUUCCUCACUUCCACCGGGGUUCAGGAGACCUUCAUCUUCUGCUGCUGGAUGGCCCCUACAAUUAAAGAGCACCUACUUAAGUCCAAGUGGUGUCGGCCCACAUCUCCUAACACAGUCCACAUCAUCACCUCAGAGCUGUACCGCUCUCUGGGGGACGUGCUCAGGGAUGUAGAUGCAAAGUCCCUUGUUCGCUCUGACUUUGUGUUGGUCUAUGGAGAUGUGGUCUCAAACAUUGAUGUCAGUGAGGCUUUACACGCACACAGACACCGAAGAAAAAUGGAGAAGAACAUCUCUGUGAUGACAAUGGUUUUCAAAGAGUCAUCACCUGGACACAGAUCUCGCUGCGAGGAGGAUGAUAUAAUUGUUGCUAUGGACAGUAAGACACAUCGUGUCUUACACUAUCAGAAAACACAAGGACUGAAGAAAAUGCAGUUUCCAAUGAAUAUAUUCCAUAGCACCAGUGAUGAAUUUGAAAUACGCCAUGAUAUUUUAGACUGUCACAUCAGUAUAUGUUCACCACAGGUUGCAGAACUGUUUACAGAUAACUUUGACUACCAAACUAGGGAUGACUUUGUGAGAGGCAUCCUUGUUAAUGAAGAAAUCUUGGGCAAUCAGAUUCACAUGCAUGUAACUAAAGAUGGUUAUGGUGUCCGAGUGUCCAACCUGCUCAUGUACGACUCUGUGUCAUCGGACCUGGUGCGCCGCUGGGUUUACCCGCUGACCCCAGAGGCUAACUUCACUGACCACAAGGGCCACAGCUGCACAUACUCUCGCCACAAUGUCUACAGAGGGUCAGGAGUCAGCCUCGGCCACGGCAGCCAGAUGGAAGAGAACGUGCUGAUAGGCUGUGACACCAGCAUCGGCGCCAACUGUCACAUCUCCAACAGUGUCAUUGGAAACAAUUGCACCAUAGGUGAUAAUAUAAUUCUGGACCAUGCCUAUAUUUGGAAUAAUGUUCACAUUGCAAGUAAUGUGACAAUCGUUCAGUCUGUGGUCUGUGACAGAGUAGUUGUUAAAGAUAGCGUGACACUGAACAAACAAUGCGUCCUUGCAUUUGAUGUGGUUGUUGGACCAAAUAUCUCCCUCCCUGAAGGUACUGUGUUGUCUAUGCAUCACCCAGAAGAGGAGGAAGAGGAAGAUGAUGAUGAGUUUCUCAGCGAUGAUGCUGAAGUUGGUCAAAACAAAGACAAGAACAAGCUUAAAGCAUUUAAUCCGGUAGAAGUCGGGGCGGAUGGAAAGGGGUACAUCUGGAAGGCUAAUCUGGAUGACACAGAGGAUGAAGAGUUGGCACACUGUCUUUGGGGUUUGGUGUUGAAUCCUGACCCUGAGAGUGAAAGUGAAGACAGUGAACCAGAGGAUUCUGAUGAUCCUGUGAUCACUUCUCCAGAAAUGGACGAUGACAAAGUUUUUCAAAUGGAAGUUUUGGGAACACUUCAAAGAGGCCUGGAGGAGAACAUUGGCUGUGACAAUCUUGUGCUUGAAAUCAACUCUCUAAAAUAUGCCUACAACAUCACUCUGAAGGAGGUGAUGCAGAUUUUGACUCGAGUGGUGCUGGACUACCCUUUUCAACAACAGGGACCAGAGCUCACUACAUCACAAUACGUGGCCUUGAUGCUGCCGUUAUUGAAAAAAUGGGCGCCUGUGUUUAAAAACUAUGUAAAAAGAGCACAGGACCAUCUGGACUGUUUGUCAGCGUUUGAAGAGCACUUUCUGGAGGCGGAGGCUCACUGGGCUGCUAUGGUCAAGGUUUUAAUGAACAUGUACCAGCUGGAGAUUCUGGAGGAGGAGAUGAUCCUGCGCUGGUUUUCCCAGGGAGCGACCUCCGACAAGAGCAGGCAGCUGCGCAAGAACCAAGGGCUUCAGAAGUUUAUUCAGUGGCUGGAGGAGGCAGAGGAGUCUUCAGAAGACGAAGCAUAA